CGGGGGGAAUCUGGGGGGCACGGGAGCGGGGGUGUCCCGCAGCAUCCUUCUGGCUCCUGGAUGCACCCCACCAUCCCGGCUCCGCCUGGCCCCUUUCUCCGCCGCCUGGGUCCCCGUGCAGGGCUGGGAAAGCAGCCCAGCGCCUCCAGGAGAAGGAGGAGGGGUGGGGAGAGGCCAUGCCGGAGCUUUGCCAGAUGUGGGAAAGGAGAGAGGGGGGGACGCCUUUCCCGCUGCUUCCCAAACCUAGGGGGGACCCCCUUCCCCGGCCCACAGCCAGGACAGGAAUGGCCGGGAUGCCACCACUCGCCCCAGCUGAGCGGGACAACCUUGGGGUGACUCCAGACCCCCCGUGCGGGUUUGGGGGAGGUGGGUGGGUGCCGCUGGCGACCCCCCCGCUCUCGCCCCGCUCCAAUCCCGCAUUGUUCCCGGCUCGGCGGGAGGAGGAGGAGCAGGGCCAAGGGCCAGCGGGAAGGCAGGCGGGAAGGCGGGCGCCGGGACGUGCUGGAGCCGCCUGUCAUGUUGGUGGAGCUGCUCUUCCAGGCUGCCUGUGUGUCCCUGUUCCUCUCCAGCGGCCAGGGCAGGGUGUAUCCCGCGAGGAAGAAGCCGGCCAGCUUUGCCGUAGAGAGGCGCCGCGUGGGGCCCCACAUCUGCUUCCCAGGCUCCAGCAGCGGAUGUUGUCCCGGCUGGAUGGUGUCCCCGGGCAGCGGGAAGUGCACCCUGCCGCUCUGCUCCUUCGGCUGUGGUGGUGGUUCCUGCAUCGCUCCCAACCUUUGCAUGUGCCCGGAUGGAGAGCAGGGAAUCACCUGCCCAGAACCUCCAGGAACAUGCGGAGAGUAUGGCUGUGACCUGUCCUGUAACCAUGGUGGCUGCCAGGAGGUCGCCCGCGUGUGUCCUGUUGGCUUCUCCAUGGCCGAGACGGCCAACGGCGUCCGCUGCACCGACAUCGAUGAGUGCCAGAGCGCGGCCUGCGAGGGGACGUGCGUGAACACAGAGGGCGGAUUCACCUGCGAGUGCGGAGCCGGCCGGGAGCUCUCUGCUGACCGCCGCAGCUGCCGGGACACGGAUGAAUGCCAGGCCACGCCGUGCCAGCACCGCUGCGAGAACAGUAUGGGCAGCUAUCGCUGCUCCUGCCGGCCUGGAUACCACCUCCACGGGAAUCGGCAUUCCUGCGUGGAUGUGGACGAGUGCCGGUGGCCUGGCACACGCCGCUCCUGCCAGCACAGCUGCCACAACAUUCCCGGCAGCUUCCGCUGCUCCUGCCGCCCCGGAUACCGGCUCAGUGCGGACAGGGUGUCCUGUGAAGGGUACCCUAAAUCUAUCCUGGCCCCGUCACCCAUCCUGCAAUCCCUGCAGCAUCCACCCACCCUUGUCCUGCUCCCUCCUGGCUCCCACCUGCUCCCGAGGGGCUCCCCCUCUCCCCACCUCCCUGUGGCAGCUCCUGGUACCCAAUUCCCUCCCUCCUCCCCAUCCCUGUCCCCUGAGCCGUCCCCACAUGCCAUGGGAGCCCCCAGCACCUCCAUCCCACCAUCCCAUCGUUGUUGGCACCGGGGGAUCCCUCGGGAGCCUGGCGCUCGCUGGACAGAGCCGGGAUGCCAGAGCUGCACCUGCCAGUGGGGACGAGUCCUCUGUGACACUGUGAGCUGCUCCGUUCCCUGCUCCCACCCACUUCCUGCUCCAGCUGGGGGUUGCUGCCCCACCUGCACCGGGUGCCUGCACGAGGGGGUGGCCAGGGCCGAGGGCGAUGUCUUCUCCCCAUCUGAUGGGAAUUGCACCAUCUGUGUCUGCUUGGCCGGGAAUGUCUCCUGCCUCUCCACAGAAUGCCCCUCAGGAUCCUGCCCCAGUCCCUCUCUGGCUGACUGCUGCUCCUGCAAUCCAGACAAGUGCAAUUUCCAGGGACGCACAUAUGCACACGGAGCCCGGUUCAGCUUGGAUGGGGACGACUGCACCACCUGUGUCUGCCAGGGAGGAGAGGUGGAAUGUUCCUUCACUCCCUGCCCCAUGCUGGAUUGUCCCCAGCACCAGCGGCACCUGGGUCCUGGGCAGUGCUGCUCCACCUGCCGGGACCCUCCGGCCCCCACUGAUCUGGUCUCCAGGCGAUCCCUGAUGCCCGUGGCGUGGCAGGCCCCAAAUCCCCCAAAUCCGGCGGGUUUGGGAAUCCCGAGGUGUCCGUCAGGGUGUUCCCGCCUGCAGGCAGACGGCUCCGUGAGCUGCCAGCGCACGGAUUGUGUGGAGACGUGUCCUUAUCCCAUCCGCAUUCCCGGGCAGUGCUGCCCCGACUGCUCUGCAGGCUGCACCUACAUGGGGAGGAUCUUUUCCAACAACGAGACCUUCCCGUCGGCGCUGGAUCCCUGCCUGAGCUGCAUCUGCCUGCUGGGCUCGGUAGCCUGCUCGCCUCUGGAAUGUGCCAUCGUGUGCUCCUACCCCUUCCACCCCGAGGGUCGGUGCUGCCCUGUCUGUGAGGACUGCAACUACCAGGGCAGGAAGGUGGAGAACGGCCAGAGCUUCAUUCCCGAGGGACAGCCCUGUACCCGCUGCACCUGCCAGCUUGGAGAGGUGAGCUGUGAGGAGAGGCCGUGUCCCCGCUCCUGCUCUGAGCCCCACACACUGCCUGUGGGCUGCUGCCCAUCCUGCCCAGCCACAGAUAUCUGGCUUCUGCUGCAGGGCAGUGACCUGUCCCCAUCCUCAUCCCUGUCCCCAUCCUCAUCCCUGUCCCCAUCCUCAUCCCUGUCCCCAUCCUCAUCCCAGUCCCCAUCCUCAUCCCAGCCCCCAUCCUCAUCCCAGCCCCCAUCCUCAUCCCAGCCCCCAUCCUCAUCCCAGCCCCCAUCCUCAUCCCUGUCCCCAUCCUCAUCCCUGUCCCCAUCCUCAUCCCAGUCCCCAUCCUCAUCCCAGUCCCCAUCCUCAUCCCAGUCCCCAUCCUCAUCCCUGUCCCCAUCCUCAUCCCUGUUCCCAUCCUCAUCCCUGUCCCCAUCCUCAUCCCAGUCCCCAUCCUCACCCCCAUUCCCAUCCUCACCCCCGUUCCCAUCCCAGUCCCCAAUCCCUGAAGAUUCACCCCCUGGCACCCCUCAACACCUCCGCUACCGCCUGGCCCAGCUCCUGCUUCCCACCACACUCCCCCUCGGCCCCUCUCCAGGAAUUUGGGGUGCUGGAAAGCCCCCUCUGACCACUCCCAGUCCCUCUGGAUAUCCCUUGGCACCCACUGUGCCCGCCAAUCCCUGCUGUGAGGCCACAGCUCCCCCCGAUCCCACGGGCAGCCCUGAGGCUCAGGGAUCCCCUGGGAAUGAGGAUCCCUCUGCGGUGCCAUCGGACAGCCCCAGGUUCCAGGUGCCAGGUGUGCCUGGAACUCUGUGAGGAGGAGAAGGAGGAUGAAGGAAAGGAGGAAAAGGGGGUCUGCAGGACCAGCAGGCCUGGCCCUGGGGAGGGGGAAGCUGUCCCCCUGCCACCAAUAAAGUCAC